CUCUUUUUCACACCAACGGCAAAAAUUCGUAUAAAUUGGCCCCCUCUCUAGAGCCUUCUUUGAGCCCCUCGUCCUCCGUCGGAGCCUGAUCUUCCGCCGCCGCCGCCGCCGGCCCCUUCUUCUUUUUCUGCCCGAUUUUCACUUCCGGGUCAUCCUGUCUUUCGCUUUUCUUUUUCUCCAGGAGACAAUGCUAGAGCCUGGAGUAUUCUUGCGUGAUCCUCUCGCGGUUUCGCCUUCGAACUCGGCCGCCCGGUUCCCUCGUACGGACAUGGGUUCGAGUUGAAUUCGUCGACGUAACAACAAAGUCGUGAGCUUGUGGUCAUUCGGGCCUCGGUGGAUUCGCAAAGGACGGCCCUUCUUCUCUUCUUCUCUCUCUUUCUUGUUCUUGAAUUUUUCUUGGGUUUGGGUUGAGGAGAAGAGGAAGCGAGGGCCGGGGUAGAUCGAAGUUUUGAGAGAAUCGAUGGCGAGCGGAGGAGAAGAGAAGAAGGAGACGAAGGACUUGUACGCGGUUCUGGGGCUGAACAAGGAAUGCACGGCUUCGGAGCUGAAGGACGCUUAUAAGAGACUCGCGCUGAGGUGGCACCCAGAUCGAUGUUCAGCUUCGGGAAGCUCCAGGUCCGUGGAAGAGUCCAAGAAGAAGUUCCAGGCUAUUCAGCAAGCCUAUUCGGUGUUAUCUGACGCGGACCAGAGGCUCUUGUACGACGUGGGAGUCUACAACGACGACGAUGACGACGAAAACCUCGGGAUGGGCGAGUUCUUGAGCGAGAUGGCCGUCAUGAUGAGCCAAACCCAGUCCGGCGAAAAUGGGGAGGAGACGUUGGAAGAACUUCAGGACCUGUUCCACGAAAUGUUUCAGGCCGACAUCGAGGCGUUCGCUUCCGACUCCCACGCUAUGGCCCCCAACGGGUGCUCGACUUCGUCCUCGUCUUCGUACAUCUCUUGCCGUGCGAGGUCCGGCUCGAGUAACAAGCGGAGCGCAUCGGAGAUCACCAAAAUCAAGGCGGAGGGCUCGGCCGGCUUCGAUGCCCACUUCGAGAACUUUUGUUUUGGGACAGAUGGAGCAGCAGGAAGAUCUCAGGAUAGGAAAGGGGGUCGCAGGAGGAAUUGCCGCAGCAACCAGCGGCAGUAGGGGAAGGCAGGGCAAGAAAAGGAAGGUCUCAUCCAGCGACAUCUCGUCGAAGGACUUCUACGCUGUCUCUGCCGAAUGACAGUGGUGCCGGUUUGAGUUAGCCAAUCGUUUGUCCAGAAAUUCCAGGCCAGCUUUCAGCACGUCGAACGUGAAGUUCGGAGUGUCCAGGCGGCUGCGAUUGAAUUUUCGAUCCGUGGUGGGGCUGGAAAGGAGUUAAUUUUUGUGUACGAUCCAUUUGAGACCCGCGUCGAGAGGGAGGAACGUCUUUAGAAUGGCGUUAAGUCAUUCUCGACGUGCUCUGUAAUCCUUGUGAUUGUGACUGUUCUCCUGAUCAGUGGUAUUGGAUUAGUAGCUUUCUUGCCA